UGGGGUGGUCGGAUGGCGGCGCUCCUAGCGCGCAAGCCGUGCUGCCCGACGCGGAUGCAGUUACGGGAGCGCAGCGCGACCCAACGCAACUCGACUUAACGUCGCAUAUCCGGAGCCGGAUCAAACGUCGAGGCCUGGGCAAGUGGAGUGCGUGUGCGUGUGUCGUCGUCUCGUCUCCCUCUCGCCCGUGUUUAACGCGCGAGUACCGGGAGCAGGGGGAGAGUGACGCAAGGGGUGGACAGAGUGCAGGGAGUGAACGAAAAAAAAAAAAAAAAAGAACGCGGUGCAUAAGGACGGAAGGAAGGAAAGGAGAAAAUAAAUCGGAAGAAGAAACGGAGGUUCUUGGUCCGUCUUGGUCGACAAUAGAGUGAGAGACAGAGAGACCGGGAACGAGGGUGAUCGUGAAGGGUAGAGAGGCCGCGAAAGUGGAAACGAAAGAUCCCAUCCCGCCGAUCGAGACGCGAAUCGUUGUCGCCGCUGCCGCCGCCGUCGUUGUUAUAUAUUGUUGUUAUUGUUGUUGUGCACGCGCGCCGGAUUCGGUUUGAAUUGUCGAUCGUAAUAAAAACAACCUCCGAGUUGCGAGUUCGCCAUCGCUGCAGAUCGGCACGAGACUAAACAGAACGAGGAAGAACACGAGAGAUCAACCGGGUGGAAUCGACGUGCGAGAGUAAAGAUCCUCGUCGUUGUUAAUCGUUGUGGUAUCCGCGACAUCGUUACCGCAUCGUGAUCGCGAGGGGUGCGAAACGGAGAACACCGGUGCUCGACGAGAAUCGCGUAGACCGCAGCGAAACGGAGCAACAGGCUCCUUCCAGAGAGAGAGAGCGAGAGAGAGAGAGAGAGAGAGAAAGUGAGAGAGAGACGAAGGGAGGGGGCGGGACGGGGGUGCAUCGGUGCAUCCGUCGAUCGUCGCGGCGCCCGCGCGUCCGCGUGUCGUCAGGCCGCCCGACGUGGCUCUUGUUAUCUCGCGAUCGCUCGUGCUCCAUUUUCGCGAGUGUAUAUUGAGAAGAGGAAAUUAGCGCGGAAUAAGAAGACUUCGGAGCGAAGAUUGUCCCGAGGGGGUGGAAGAAGGAUGUCGUCGGGGAAGCACGCCGAUCGCGAAGACCGGCUGCUCGGAGCUUCGGCGAGCCGUCUCGAGAAGCUCUGAAGAAGCGCGACAGUUCUUUUCACCGCGAAAAUAGCGACCGGCGAUCUGCAAGCGUCUUCGCGCGAAAGAACGGCGAGGAGGGUAAACGGAGCCGAUCGCCGUAGGAGAAUUCGGCGGAAGAAAAGGGAGAGGAUCCCCGCGCGAGAGGUGCACGCACAGCGGGCCGGAAGCAGGAGGGUGGGAGGGCGGUAGGGUGGCAGAGGGAUAAAGACAGAUAAAGAAAAGAAAGAGAGAGAGAGAGAGAAGCAGGAGACGCGCCGCCGGCGACAGACUGCACUCUCGUGGCGCUCAGGGCGCAAGCGUGCACGUGUGUUGUGCGUUUCCGUACCCUAACCCUGUCCCGCUACCUGGGAGGAGUAGCGUGGUCGUCGUCCCUCCGCGACUACAUCCCCACUUCGCCGCCGUUGCCGCCGUUGCCGCCACCGCUACCGCCAACGACACCGACGCCGACGCCGCCGUCGGCUCGCCAUCCCUCCGACGCUCGCGGAGGAGCGCCGCGCCGCGCUACGGCCGACGAAACGACGGCGACGACGACGACGACGACAGGACCCCCACCGCCGCUACCAUUACAACUGCUACUACCACCACACCGGCGGACCUCGACGACGACGACAACGACGACGACGACGACGACGACGACGACGACGACGACGACUUCGGUCGCUCCUGCCGACGUGCUACGUCACGCGUGACGUCGCACCCGACAGCGCGCACGUUAGCGCGACGACGUGAACACGCGCGCUACUCUUCUCCCUCACGCACGCCUCACGCUUACGGCGCGCGCUGAAAGACAGAGGAACGUCUGUCGGUGGUAGAAGAGGGAACAGAGGGUGCCGGCGUGGAGGGAGCGACGGGAGGAAAGGAAGGAGGAAAUCGGAAAGAGGCGCGGAAGGGAAACUAGAGCCGUAGGGGAGGCAGGGGUUGGUGGGAGAGAGCGCAAGAAAGAGGAAGAGAAGGAGGUGCAGGAGGACGACGACGAGGGCGACAACGGCGACGACGACGACGAGGAGGACGGAGGAGCGCCGGCGGUGGAGGGGGUGGACAUCCACGCGGGAACACGAGGCAGGCGUACCCGGCCGGCACGCGCACACACAUCCUAAGAUGUGAUUUCAAAAAUGGCGGAUUGCCCCUAUGCCCGCUGCAUACAGGAACGCAGACACAUCCGACGGGAGCUGCUGCGAUGGACAAAGAAUAUGGUCUUCGUAGUCGUUGCGGUGGUGUCGCAGGUCUGGAACGGGUAGCGGAGGAGUUGAUGGGCCGUAGGAGAUGGAAGCAUUACCAGGACACCCUGUACAGCGGCACCCGCAGCAGCGAAUCAGCGACGGCACAGCCCCACCAUCGGCUCUACCCGGCGUUGUCGUCGUCCUGCAAUCCGAUACCCGGGAGCCUGGACCAGAUUGGGCCGCAGCUGCAUCAUCCGGUACCCUCGUCGUUGCCCCCGUCGGCGGUGGCGUCGACGGUGCUGACGACGGCAACGACAACGACGACGACGACGGCGGCGACGACGCUCGCAACCGGCGUUGUGAAGCAGGAGAGUCUGCAGAGGCAUCACCUGCAAAAUCACCAUCAUCUGCAAACGUCGGAUCAUCAUCCGCAGCCGGAGGAUUCGCGCCGUCUGAGGCCGGGCGAGAUCAAGGUCGAGGCCGCCGACGAGGAGCCCGCGGACGGUGUCGCGCGGGAGGACACCUCGGCGAGAACGGCGGAUACGGCGACGUCGGCGACGACGACAACAGCGGCGACGACGACGACGACGACGACGGCGACGACGACGACGACCAUCGGUGUUGCAACGACCACAUCGUCAACGACAACGGCGACCGGCACAACGACGAUAGCGACGAGACGGCGACGUGGACGCCGGCAGAACGACGGGGAGGACGCCGACGGGGAGGAGGACGGCGACGAGAACGACGACGAGACGGGACGGAGUCAGAACGAGGCGGAGAAACGGCUCAAGCUCGACGAGGACGCCGACAGGUCGGCGGCCAGCCCUCUCAGAACGGAAAACGAUCGUGCGACUCGGGAUCAUCCGACUGCCAACGCUACCGACACGGAAGGGACCAAGGAACGAGCGGAGGAAAUCACGUUGGAGCGGGCACCGGUAACGCAGGGCUUAUUGAGGGUAAAGAAAGAGGAGGAACUGCAGGAGGUGCCGGGUUCUGGCGGCGGUACGACGAUAUUGACGACGCCGGCGACGGAAUCGGAAGGGACCAGGUCGGGGCUACUAUGCCGCGAGGGGAACGCGACCGCGACGAGUGCCGCGGCGCCGUUUCUCCUUGGAAGACGCAGGAGCCCGCCGCCGGAGGACUGGAAACCGCUCGACAAGUGUUACUUCUGCCUGGACGGCAAGCUACCCCACGACGACCAGGCGCCCCUUAGUCCGCAGAGCGACAGUAGCAGCAGCUCGCGAUCGGCGGAGUCACCGAUGUCGGUCCAGGUGGACCCGAUGGCGGCAUCCAUGGUCGCUGCCGCCCUCAGCGGCACUUACCCCACUUUGCUGCCUCAAUGGUGCUUACCGCCGAGGGAGGCGCCCCUCGUUGGGGUGCAGGCCCAUCAGGACAGCUCCGCGGCAGCCGAUCAACCGCUCGAUCUUUCGGCCAAACCCAGAAAUUCUCAGGACAACAACAUAUCUCUACUGGAGCAACAGAAAAUACCUCUGAGGAUGCCGACAGGCAUCGAUCCCAAGAGUAUCCUCAACUCGUGUUACCGCGCGAAACCGCGAAUGACCGGACCCGUUGCGGCCGCGGCGGCGGCGGCCGCGGCGGCUGUGGCAGGCGUCGGUGGUGUUCCAGUGGUGGGUGCCGGGGGCGGCAGGAGGACUUACACCGAGGAGGAGCUGCAGGCCGCCCUCAGGGACAUCCAGAGCGGCAAGCUCGGCACGCGGAGGGCGGCGGUGAUCUACGGGAUACCGCGUAGCACCCUGCGCAACAAGGUCUACAAGCUCGCGAUGGAGCGCGAAAGGGACGCGUCCCUGACUAGCACCCAUUCACACCCUCACGAGCCCGGCGCCCCAGCCACCACCACCACCACCAUCACCACCACCACCACCACCACUACUACUACAACACCACCAAAUACGACCCAAAACGCCUCCGCGACCACUCCGCCCCCGCAAGUGGACGAGGUGGACGACAAAGAGCUAUCCGGUGCGGAAGAGGAAAAGGAAGUUGAGAAGGCCCUGCUGAAGCCUCUGCUCUCGUUGGAGGAUCUCGUGAGGUUCUCCGCGCUCGAGGGAACCGGUGGCGAUUCCCUCAGGAACUUGCUGCAACGGGGCCAUGAGGCAGGGGCCGAAUGGCCGGGACUGGAACACGCGAACAUCGGUCCUUACAUUCAGAAGAUGUUGGCUGGCGUUGCACCAUUAGGCAUAGAGACGCGAGACUAUCGCAUACCAGAUGUGGUAAGGAAGCUGAUGAGUGAGGACAAGAGGCUGAACAAGAAUGUGAACGGAGACCAAUCGCAGCCGCACCACCAGUCGCAUCACCAUCAGCAGCACCAUCCUCUCGCCGCGCAUCAGACGCAGUCGCAGCAACAGCAGCGCGCGCCCAUGACGAACGAUGACUUCAAUCCCAACAUCGAGGAGGAGGCCAGUGACAGUGCUCAAGGCAGAGCGAUACUGAAGAUUCCGUCCUACAAGCCCGCCAGCACGCCGGGCUGUUCCAGCAAGAACGGCGAGCCGACUUCCGCCGCGUUUGCCCAGAGCUUCGCGGCUGCCGCCUCGAGUCCGGGCCUCCUGGAACGAGCCAGUCCAGCGUUCUCCGGCACCAGCAGUCCCACGAACUCGCUGGUGGGCAAAGCGGUGGCCGUCAACUUCCGCGAUGUCAUCGCCAAGAGCAUCAGCGUCAAGUUCCAGGAAGGCCAGACACCGGGCGCGGCCGGCAUGCCGGGCUGCCAAUCGGCCGGCGCCGUUUCGUCGCAGCAAGCCAUGAUGACGGAUCCGAGUCCGUUCAAGAGGGGCCGUUACACACCCCCGCAACCGCAGCAACAGCAGCAAUCGGCAUCGCAGCAGCAACAGCAGCAAUCCAAACAACAAGCGCAAGACGCGAACAAACCGAAACCGGGCACCGGCGGCAAGGGCACCAGGCCGAAGCGCGGCAAGUACAGAAAUUAUGACAGGGAUAGUCUCGUCGAGGCGGUGCGUGCAGUCCAGCGCGGCGAGAUGAGCGUGCAUCGUGCUGGCAGCUUUUACGGAGUUCCGCACUCCACCCUUGAGUACAAAGUCAAGGAGCGGCAUCUCAUGAGGCCGCGAAAGAGGGACCAGAAGCAACCGGACGACAAAUCGAAGGAGACCGCGACGACGGCGGCGGCGGCAGCCGCGGCAAUGCGACCGAGCGCUACCGGCGUCGACAAGAAACCGCAGUUGAAGCCGCAGAAGCCGUUUACACCACCGGGCGGUAUACCCGGUCCGAACGGACUAAAAAUGCCCCCGUUUAUAGAGGGCAUGCCCCACCUGCCAUUCGGGCCCUUCAACUUCUGGAACCCGACGCCCUUCAUGCCCUCCCCGUUCAUAGGUGGCGCGCCGAAUGUGCCGAUUUUGCCAGAGCAGUACUUUGCGUCGCAGAGGAUGCGCGGAUUGCAGGAGCAACAACGAAACGCAGCGAUCGUACAGCAGCAUCAGCAACAGCGAGACCGAGACGGGGUUGGCGUAUCCGGGACAACAGACGCGGCCGGAACCUCGAACUCUCGAAGCACGCCGAUGGUGAAAACGCCGCGCGACAUGGUGGAGAGCAUAUACGACGGGCCCGGGGCGAACGGUAGUUUUCUGGACAAUCUGAUCAGGUCGAGCCUCGAGACAGGCAUUCCAAGGGACCAGCGGGCGUUAGCGGAGGCGAGGACUCAGCAGCAGCAGCAGCAGCAAUCGUCGUCGCAGCAUCCGGAGACGAUGAGCAGCAAGACGCUGAUCGACCAGCUCUGCAGAAACUCGAGGAGAACCCCGCUGCCGCGGAUGGCGCAGGACAGCAGCGAGGAUGAGAGUUAUCGAGGACCAGCGGGCAGGAUGGUGCCGGAAAGGCCGGAGCGCGUGCCCACGGUCGAUCUCAGCCCGUCACCGUCGGAGAGGGGUCGCACGGAUGACGGCAGCGAUCGGCUGACAUCACCGCCGACGCCUCUGUCGAUCUCCCGAGCGGGUAGCAGGGACGAAGACAGCACCCGUGACUCGAGGAUCGAUCGCAGCAGCAGAGAGCGCGAAGUGCAUAACGGUGGCCAAGAGGAUCGCGACCGAAAGCAGCCUCUGAGCUUAACGCAGCAGCAGCAGCAACAGCAACCACAGCUGAACCACUACCCGGAUAUACACAACCUCUACGCCGUAUCAACUGACAAAAAAAGUGCCUGUGAUAGUAAGCUUAUAGUAGAUCAUUCGAGCCAGAAGACUCAGCCGCAGCAACAGCAAAAGGAGUACGCUGCCGUGAGCGGGCUGGUCGUGCAGCUGCAGAGGGGCUACAACACCGGGAGCAACAGGUCCGGCGAGCCGACUAACAGCCAGCAACCGGCGGCGGAGCAGCGCGGCGCCGCGCUCAGCAUGGAGGACUCCGUAGAGCAGUAGACGAAAGUCAGUAUCAGUUAUCACUAAAGUUAUGAGUACAGUAAAGAAAAAAAAGACCCGUAUACAAUAAGCCCACAUUCCCGCCCAAGAUCUUUCCGCCAUCUCUCACACCACCGCACACACCGAUCCCGUGCGCCUUCUCUCGUUGUUGCGCGCCGCGAACGGGGCUUCCCUUCGCGCUCGGUCUCUGAGAAUCCCGAAAUUUUCAGUGCAAAGAGACGAUGUAAGAAUCGAAGGGGAUUUCUCGCGUCGAAUGAUCGAAUUCGAUGCGGCGGUGUUUCGCAAGGAGCACAAAGACGAAGGGAAUCCUCAGAUACGUCGCCAACGCGAUAGUACAAUAUUCCACCUAACCCACCUGCUCCCCCAUGACCUCUCCGUUUCAAUCGGAAAAAAGAGAACUCUCGAACGUUGCGAGGCAAGUCUUAGUGCAGGAGAAUUGAAAAGAAAAGAAGUGGCAACGCAUGAUGCUAGCACAACCAACCAUUAAACCCACUGCGAUUCCGCCAGUUAACGCAUACCCGCCGUAACGAAUCCGCGUCCAGCUGGCCGCGGCCCGGCCAAACUCCCGGCAUCCAGGCGCGCGCGCGCAGGAAACCCUUUCGAUCAUGACGAAAGUACAUUGCGGAGAAUACAGGACGAAACAGGAUAAAGGACACGCGCGAUAUGUUCAUCGUGCCGAGUGCUCACACGCGACACGCUUUAGCAUAUGCACUCUAUCCAUUCUAACAGCGUUUCUACAAGCCGGACAUUCCACGAGACUCUCUCUCACACACAGCGACACACACAAAUACAGAUCGACACACAAUAUACACAAUACGAAUUACAUAUACGCAAGUAUACAAAAACGGGGAACACAUAACGAGAUACUUAGGCGUUGCGCGUCGUCACACGCGUCGUCGCACGGCGUUGAUCGUGAUUUUAUCUUCGCUGUACCAUCGAAACUACGUCAAUCAUACCGCGAACUCCGAUUUUAGCGCAAAUCCAUCAGCGCAGUAUUAAUGUUUAUUUGUAUAGACAAUAGACGCGGAAACUCGGAAUGUUGCUACACCCGAGUCUGUUAAAUCCCGUGAUCAAGUCCGCGACAUCGUGAUACUGGCACGCGCAACGCGAAACGUUAGCCGUUCGAUGAUUAUUAUUACGAUUAUUAAUUACUGCAUACCACUACCAAUCGGUGGAUGACGACGAAAGGUCAAACGAUGGAACAAAAAUGCCGACGCGACAACAUAUUUUUUCCUCUAUAAGUGUAAAACUACUUAAUGCAAAAAGAAAAAAAACUUAUUACCUACUAUUAACAUUACUUAACUCGUAAGAAGCAACAUAAAAAAAUUAUAUAAGGAGUAAUAUAUUAUAUAUACAUAUAUUUUUGGUCAUUACGAACGUGUGCGAAGCGAGAACGAGCCAAGGCUUUUGUUGGCGCGCGUAGGUGGUGUUUUUCCACAUGGCGACAAUAUUUCUAUAAUGUCGGUUGUUUCGAAGCCGGCGUUCAACGCGGACGCGUCCCAUAUUUCGGACGUGUCAGACACGGCAAAAUGGGAGGAACGUAGAAAAUACCGGAAAGCGAUCUUCGUCGUUGAACAUUGCCUACAAAGCCGCGAGUGAUGUUUCUAUCUGGACGAUCAGCGCAACAACACGUUUAAGAUUCACGUCUGUUGGUUUUUUUUUUAUUUCUAGACAGUUUUUUUCUUCUUAAUACACACGAAGUAUGCGAUUAUGAAAGGUUUUAAUACUUUUUAAAUAAUGUCAAAAAUUUUAAAUUGUUUGACAUUAAAAAGAAAAAAAAAACAUGAAAAGUGUACAAAAGCAUUAAUUUGCAUUUGAAGUAAUCUUAAAAAUUUUUCAGCUCUUGUUAUAAAGUUUGAAAAAAUUUUUCUUACAUUCCAAGUUUUCAUUUUUAUAAGCUUAUAUUCUUAGCAAUCGUAGCGACGAGGAUCGCGAUGUUGGAUAAAAUCGUGGUCCAAAUCCAGACAAAGCUAGAAAGAUGCAAACGCGAAAUUAGAACGUCGGAUAAGAGAAACGGGAAGUUGAGAAAAAAAAAUGGGAUACUGUUGCAACACACGCGCGCCCGCUCUCGAUUCGGUUUCUCCGAUAGGUACCGAAAGCGCAGACGUUUUUCUUAAGCGCGAGACGCCCACUUUUUGAUACGAAUACAAAUUUUCUACCGCGUAGAGGGAAAGAGUGGAAGCGAGAGAGAGAAAGAGAGGCUGCGGUUGCAGCAGCGCGAGCGUUGUAUCGUUUCUUCGCGAGGGCAAAGACUCACUCGAAGUUUUCACUAGGAAUGUUUUAAUCUCUCCGUUUUUAUUUCUCAUCGGCUCCCGCGAGCGACAUACUCAUUGUGAACCAGUAGACUCGUCGUGACGGAUUUUGGGCGGACACUUUGAGGAUGCGCCUCGAUCGUCCGUCGCCGGUUUGAAAUAACGACGAUAUGAAUAACGAACGAAUGACGAAUCGACGUUUCGAGCGGCCACACGUCUCUCUCAUUCGGUUUUCUGCGGAUUCACGCGCGGUCGUGCACGUUCAAUUAUGCCCGCGCGAUUGUGAUAUAGAGAACAUAUUUGAUAGUACGGUAAAUUUUCAAGAUUCUUGAAAAUCUCAAAGAAAGUCUGAAUUUUUAUUAAUUAGUAGUUAUACUAAGAGAUAAUUAUGCAAACGUUGAGAUAAGGUGCUCAGUCAAAAUUCGUCGCUUCGUUUGACGCAAAAUUAAAACGAUAAGUUGAUUAGGAUAGACACGAUGUGAUACAGAGAUUCAAAAGUUCUUCAUUUGCUACUAUGUACAUAUGUUAAAGAUUGCUCUGUUGAAAUUUAUAUAUAGAUAAGUCUAUUUUGAAUUUGUAUAGAUUUUUGGAACAUACCCUUAUAGAUAAAUCUUUAAAAAUCUUGUAAAAAAUGAAAAUUGAAAUCUUUUCAUUUCUCUAAUAAUGACGUGCACGACCAUCGAGAUAUCUCGUCGCAUCUCUCGAUUAGAAAUUCUGUUUCGUAAAUGAUCCGCGGAUAGAAUCGCGAUAAAAAAAAGCGAUUUCGUCAUUCCGUUAAUAUAACAGACAGGAUGUUGGACCAAGACGAAAUCGACGGAGACGAAGGCCGGAGCAGGAAGGAUCGGAGGCCAGACGAACGCGAGAAAACGGCGAUAAAAAGAAAAAUAAAACGGUGCUGUAGUGCGGGCCAGGAUUUCCUAUUUUUCUCGCAUAGUCGAGCGUAGUCGGGAAAACGACGCGAACAAAUAAAAAAAAAAAGGAAAGAGAAGAUAGAGCAGCAGCAAGAAGCAGAAAAGGAUGAUCCACACGCACUCAUCUCAUGACUCUUUAAAAGUAACGACUGAAAGACUCUAGGCUGUACAUAAAGUAUAAGGCAUGUAUGUUCGGUGUUUUAAAAAUGCAAAAAUUCCUUAUUAACGCAAAAAAAAUUAUACCUA